AUGACAAGGCAUAAGAACGCCAAACUGACUCACUGGCUAUACAUUCUAAUAUUCAUCAAAAUUGGAAAAAGUUGGUUACCCAGCUAUGAAUCCGACAUGGUAGCAUUCUACUUAUUACUAUACGAAAACAAAUAUAAAGAUCUCCACUCGCCAGCCCUCAUUGCUGCAGGAUUCUUUGUUUUGGUGGCGCUGAUCCUUUCCCUCCUCCUAACUUACCAGCAUCUCAGAUCAUACACCAACCCAUCUGAGCAAAAAUGGAUUGUUGCUGUUAUUUUUAUGGUUCCAGUCUAUGCAACUGAAUCUAUUCUAUCAUUGUGGAAUACGAAGUUAUCCCUUGCUUGCGACAUCUUAAGAAACUGCUACGAAGCUUUCGCCCUUUAUUCUUUUGGUAGUUACUUGAUUGCAUGCCUUGGCGGUGAACUGAAAGUCGUAGAACUGCUUGAAGAUGAAUCAAGGAAAGAAAUUAGCAAGCCAUUGCUAGAAGGAGAUGAGAAUACCGAGUUGCAAAGAAGAACAUUUUGCAAAUUUAUCCUUCAUCCAUCUGCUCUUGGAAAGGACUUAUUCACAAUAAUAAAAUUUGGUCUAGUCCAAUAUAUGAUUUUGAAGGCUGUAUGUGCAUUAUUAGCACUUAUACUGGAGUUCUUUGGCGUGUAUGGUGAUGGAGAGUUUAAAUGGUAUUAUGGGUACCCCUAUAUCACAAUAGUAUUGAAUUUCAGCCAGAUGUGGGCGCUAUAUUGCCUCGUUCAAUUUUACAAUGUGACUCAUCAAAGACUUGAGGCAAUAAAACCCCUUUCGAAGUUCAUUAGCUUUAAGGCUAUUGUAUUUGCGACAUGGUGGCAAGGUGUAGGUAUCGUUUUAUUGUGUCAUUUUGGAGUCCUUCCAAGAGGAGGAAAAUUUCAAACUGAAUUGCAGGAUUUUCUGAUCUGCAUAGAGAUGGCAGUCGCGGCUAUUGCUCACAUCUUCGUCUUCUCUGCAAAACCGUACUAUUUCGUACCUGUAUCUGAGGACGGAGAGAUUACCACCCAAAAGAGAGAAGCUGUGCUGAAGAUAGAAGAGGGCAAUGAGGAAAAGCCAGCUCUUAUUGAAAAGAGGGAAACUGAGGUUAAGGCUCCUGGGACGAGUGUCAAAGAGAGCGUACAAGAUAUUGUGGUUGAAGGAGGUCAAAAGGUUGUCAAAGAUGUUGUCUUGACCAUAAACCAGGCAAUUGAACCGGUACACGAGGGCAUGACAAAGAUCCAAGAAACUUUUCACCAAAUAUCAGUAUCAGGGGACGGUGAAGAUGAGCCGGAAGCGAAGGUUGAGGAAAUUGAAGAGAAGAUCACCGUUGAAUCUGAAGUUUAA